AUGUUGAGAAUUGCCAGACGGUUUAUUUCGAUCACCGAACGUAGUUCAGUUAAGUUACCGUUCAUUCCAUUGGUCUCCGAGAACGGUAUUCCGGAUGCCAUUGGUAAUACUCCACUUUUGAGAUUACCCAAGUUAUCCCAAGAAUUAAAGAGAAAUAUUUAUGCUAAGGCUGAAUUCAUGAACCCUGGUGGAUCUAUUAAGGAUCGUGCCGCAUUAUUUAUUAUUAAGGACGCUGAAGAAAAGGGUUUAAUUAAACCUGGAGGAACCAUUGUUGAAGGUACUGCUGGUAAUACUGGGAUUGGAUUAGCACAUGUAUGUCGUAGUCGUGGAUAUAACUGCGUCAUCUACAUGCCAAACACCCAAUCCAAGGCUAAGAUUGAGACAUUGAAACUUUUGGGCUGUGAGGUGCACCCUGUACCUGUCAAACCCUUUGAUGAUCCAAUGAAUUAUAAUCACCAAGCAAAAAGACAUGCUGAUUCUUUGGAAAAUGCUGUGUGGACCAACCAAUUCGAUAAUACUGCCAACAGACAAGCACACAUUGAAACCACUGGACCCGAAAUUUGGACCCAAUUGGAUGGGAACGUGGAUGCCUUCACCUGCUCCACUGGUACUGGAGGUACGUUUGCUGGUGUUACACGGUAUUUGAAAGAGAUCUCUGAUGGGAAGACCAAGAGUUUUUUGGCAGAUCCUCCUGGAUCUGUGCUUUACUCUUACAUUAAAUCCAAUGGUAAGGAAAUCGUCAGAGGAGGUUCAUCUUUCACUGAAGGUAUUGGACAAGGUAGAGUUACUGAUAAUUUGGCUGGUGAUAUAGAGUUGAUUGAUGAUGCCAUUCAAAUUCCUGAUGAAGAAUCUAUUGUCAUGUUGUAUCGGUUGUUAGAUGAAGAAGGACUCUAUUUGGGAGCUACUGGUGCCCUUAACGUUGUUGCUGCUACUAAGGUUGCAAAGUUAUUACCUGAAGGAUCUAAUGUGGUUACCAUUCUUGCUGAUUCAGCCCAUAAGUAUUCUGAUCGGAUCUUUUCAAAGCAAUGGUUGGAGUCUAAGGGGUUUUAUCUGGUGUUACCGGACCAUUUGAAGAAGUAUGCGGUAUUAGACUAA